AUGCCACCCAAAGGAUCGGGAGCAGCCGCCGUAGCAGCAGCUUCAGUUAACUGGAAGGUCGAUGUCCAAGGCAUUCCCAUCAAGUUCACCUCCUUCAGUGUCAGUACCCUUGCCCCGCCGAUGUCCCGACCGGCACACACCCCACCUCCGCCUCUUCAGCUCUCAGCGCUCUCACCUCAUAGUUCGGCUGUCCUGCUGACCUGCGUAUCUUCUCCUCACCGAAUCAGCCCAUCGGACUGCUCAAGUGAGUUUACCCUGCCAUGCCUAGCUCGUGCUCGAGCCGCCUCAAGGCGUUGACAGGAACUAACCCUUCUCGGCUGGCUCCCCACAGCGGCAAGAACGUCGCCGCCAACUUUGUCAAGACCGAGUCACAGUCAUCCCUCACGCAACGCACGACCGAUGAAGACUACGUCCGCGAGAGGGAGAAGAAGCGCCGGCGGUUGAUGGCCAUCGACCAUCCGGUCCGUGCUCCGAAGCACCGCGAGCAUGCUCAAAGCGACACUGACGGCGAAAGUGGGAGUGAGAGUGACGACAAUGUACCCGCCCCACCUGACGUAGACGUGCUGCAAUCGGCACCGAGAGGGAUGGUACAACGGCCCAAACCUGUCAAAUCUCUCGUGCGUUGUCGCCUCUUCUCAACAGGACGAAUCGUUCGGUUACUGAACGAGCUUGAGCAAAAUGCACAGGACCCGGACCUCGAGUCGGAACCACUCGCCAAAAUCAUCGUUAUUCACCCGGGAUCAUCCUAUCUCCGCAUCGGCAGAGCGUCCGAUGCGUUUCCUCUGACCGUCCCAAACGUCAUUGCUCGGCGCACUCGCCCUGAAAGUACACCUCGCAAACCUCACCGGCCUUCGGUUGUGCCCACCUUUGACUCGAUCAAAUCCACCUCGAAUCGCCCGAGCAACAACAACGAUGACGACGAUGAAGAUGAAGAUGAUGAAGUUGAUGAACUCGACGAAGGCGCUGCAGCUACCGAUGCGGAUGCACUCGACCCCUUGUCGGCCAAGAUUGCAUCGGUCCGAACGACGUUGAGAGCGAGGAUGCGAGCCUACAAGCUGCGCGGCCAAGGCAAUGGGAAUCGGCAAGCGAGCGACUACAAUCGGACCGUGAAACCUGAAAACACGGACGAGUUUAACGACCCGGAUGAGAUCGAGUGGACUGAUGUUGGACAGGAGGACGUUUUUGUGGGGGUAAAGGUGAGUUUUGCGGCGAGGGGCAUGGGUGCUGAUGCAUGCGAUGCAAGAAUGGUGUUGACUAUUAUCUUUCGUGCGUCAGGCCCUCAGAAUAGCUGAUCCCGACGCCGCUGGGUUCGUGCUACGGAGACCAUUCGAUCGAGGGCAGUUCAACACGAACGGCUACGUCUCUUCGCAAGAGCUGCUGAGCGACAUCGAGACCAUCUGGCUCAAGACUCUCGAGGACGAGCUUCAGAUUACGAGGAGUGAACUCAAGGUAGCCCAUGCUUGAAACCUAGCGCUGGUAUGCCACUUGUCUGAUCCGUUCAUGCAUCGUAACUUCCACAGGACUAUUCAUGCAUCCUCCUUAUCCCCGAUCUGUACGACCAAGUCUACGUGCGCGAGAUGACAGAACUGAUUCUGCAUGCGAUUGGCUUCAAGCAAGUCAUACUGCAGCAAGAGAGCGUCUGCGCGACUUUCGGGGCGGGGAUUUCGACGGCUUGCGUGGUCGACAUUGGGUCCAAGGUCACGACCAUCACUUGCGUGGAAGAGGGGUUGGCUUCGCCCGAGAGCAGGUAGGCGCGCUUGCUCGAUCGAACUCGAGAGGCCUUUACUCAUCUCCUCGAAUUCCUUCUGGAUUGGGCAUAGACUCGUUCUGGACUUUGGUGGCGACGACAUCACCGCAUUCCUCUAUACAUUGCUCGUCCGACUCAACUUUCCCUAUCGGGACGCAGACCUGUCGAGAUGGUACGACUGGAAGGUGUUGGAAGACCUCAAGGAGCGCAUGGUCGUCUUAGGAGAGGUGAGUUCAGGUAUCAACCUUGUUGGAUCCUCGAGAUCGUGGGCUCUCACCGAUUUGUUUCGCAUCUUAGGGUGAUGUCGGCUUGAACCUGUACGACUUUUUCGUGCGAACGCCCGGGAAGCCGACGAGGAAAUACUCGAUGCGAUCAUAUGACGAAUCUAUUCUUGCGCCAUAUGUGAGUGGGCACACGCUUCGUGUUGAUCUCUGGCCUCUUGCUGAAUUGGUUCCUGCAUACCACAGGCUCUCUUCGCUCCGCGAGUGAUCGAUUUUGACAACAAGGUGCUGCCGCAGACGCCGCUAUGGGCCAAGGGCGUCGAUGACAACGUCGACAUCGGCAGUCAAGCCAUUGUGAGUAAUUCGAUUGUAACCAAGCUUGGCUUCUGAACACAAGCGAUUGACGCGCUCUCCGUACCUUCAGACUCAAGCGAUGAAGAACAGCACUCGUCAUUUGCGCCACGCAGCGCCGAUGGCAGUUGCGGCGACCGUGCCGAAGGAAGAUGGUGGCGAAGGCACAAUGGAGUCUCCGCUUUGUGUCGAUGCAUCGCAGUUACCUUUGAAUGCUGCUUCCCCCAAUGGCACAGAGCCGUCCGCUGCGGCUACCCCCGCACCACCACCACCACCGACGACGUCGCUGGUCCUCAAAACUAAAGAGCCUAAAAUCGAUGCGCGCUUGGAAUCGGGCAAGAUCCCCCUCGAUGUCGCGAUCGUCGAAUCGAUCCUCGCGACUGGGGCUGAGGACAGGAUCAAGAAGCUUAGUAACAAUGUGCUGCUGUGCGGUGGGACGAGCAUGAUUCACAAUAUCGGGUUCGCCGUCGAGUCCCGGUGAGUUGGGAAUGAAGUGCUAUUGAAAGCUGGCACGUCCAGGCUUCCUGACCAGCCGACAUCAACAUUUCGCUCCUCAGCAUUGCUGGACAAUUGGUGCGCGUCAUGCCUUCGCUUGCCGGACAAGUCGUGGUCGUCCCCCCGCCUCAGGAGAUCGACUCCAAGAUUAUGAGCUGGAAGGGCGUGGCGAUGCUGGGCAAGCUCGAGUGCGCGAACGAGAUGUGGGUCAGGCAGGACGAGUGGGAGCGAGCAGGGAUGCGGGCUGUCAGGGAGAGAUUGUUUUACUUUGCUUGA